UCAAAUUCAAAAUGGAUGAAAUCUCCGCUGCUACACACUCGGUGGAAAUCUGAACUGCUGUUGAAACUAGCAGGAAAUCCCUGCAUUGUCAAGUUAUCCUGGGGCGAGUCGCAGGGGCAUCAGUCUAAGCAGGGAUGCAUAGACCUCCCUCUCACCAGCUACCUCGUCCUGCUCCACUGAGGGAAUCACAAGGCAUUUCCAGGCCAGCCAAGAGUGAGAAUCUCUCCAGCAUGUCCUGGGUCUGCUUUGGGGCCUCCUCCCAGUUGGACGUGCCCGAAUUACAUCCCCAGGGAGCCAUCCAGAAGACAUCCUAGACAGAUGCCCAAACCAUCUCAACUGGCUCCUUUCGAUGUGGAGGAGCAGCAGCUCUACUUUUGAAUCACUCCAAAAUGGCUGAGCUCCUCACCCCAUCUCUAAAGCUGAGCCCAGCCACCCUGCAGAGGAAACUCCUUUCGACCACUUGUAUCCGCAAUCUCAUUCUUUGGGUCAAUACCCAGAGCUUAUGACCAUAAGUGGCUCAACUCCCUCUUCACCAAAACGGAAUGGUACAGCGUCUGCAUUACUGCAUUACUGCAGACGCUGCACCGAUCCUAUCAAUUUCCCACUCCGUUUUUUCCUCACUCGUCAACAAGACCCCAGGAAAACUCCUCCGCUUCAGCCAGCAAAUUAUCCCCCCACCAGGAGAGGGUAAUCAACCCUUUUCCAACUGAGAACUAUGGCCUUAGACAUGGAGAUGCUGAUCCUAAUCCCAGCCCCCGUCACUCCACUGCAAACUACCCCAGUGCAUUUUGCAGGUUAUAGCUUGAUGACGUCAGCAGUACCACAUCAUCUGCAAAAGGCAAAGGUUCUGAGGCCCCUAAACCGGACCCCUCUACCCCUUGGUUAUGCCUAGAAAUCCUGUACAUAAAAAUUAUUAACAGAAUCAGUGAGAAGUGACAGCCCUGGCGGAGUCCAAGACCCAUUGGGAACGAGUCUGACUUACUGUUGGCAAUGUGAACUGAACUCUAGCUCCUUUAGUGCAAGGAUCUUAUGGCCCGCAACAACGAAUCCCGUACCCCAAAUUCCUGGAACACCCCCCAAGGGACACUGUCAUAUGCCUCAAGUCCACAAAUUCAUGUAGACUGGUUGGGAAAAAUCCCAUAAACCCUCCAGUACCCAUCUGAGGGUGAAGAGCUGGUUUACUGCUCCACAACCAGGACGAAAUCUACAUUUUUCCUCCUGGAUCUGAGGAACAACUAAUGGAUAGACCCUCCUCUCCAGUACCCCAACAAAGACCUUCCCAGGGAGGCUGAGGAGUGUGAUCCCCCUAAAGUUGGAACACAUGCUCCGGUCCCCUUUCUUAAAGAUUGGGACCACCACCCCAGUCUGCCAGUCCAAAGGCACUGUCCACAAUGUUGAAGAGGUGUGUCAGCCAAGACAGCCCCACAACAUCAAGAGCUUUCAAGAAUUCAGAGUGAAUCUCUCAAAAUUUUCCUUCCACCGCCUGACUAUAUCCUUAGUCGAGGUUCUUCAUCCCUUCUGUAAAUAGUAUUAGUGAAGCCCUGCUUCCCCCUCCUGAGUCCUCUCACGGUUUGCCAGAAUCUUUUCGAGGCCAAACGAAAGUCCUUCUCCAUAGCUUCACCAAACUCCUCCGUUCAGCAACUGCCAGAGCCACUUCCUACUUGGCCUGCAGCUACCUGUCAGCUGCUUCAGAGGUUCUGCAAGCUAACCAAGCUCUGAAGGCCUCCUUCAGCCUGUUAGCUCUUUUUACCGCUGGUGUCCACCCCCGGGUUCAGGGGUUAUCGCCGCAACUGGCACCAACCACCUUAUGGCAACAGCUUGUCAAUGCCGCCUCGGCAAAUAUAAAAAUAAUGUAAAUGAAUUUAAAAUGCAUAUGUAUUUACUUUUCAGCAUUUUGUAAUUUGUGUUUUUGCUGGACGGGAAAAAUAUUUUAAAUGCUUAAUAAAAUGCCAUUUUAAGAAUAUUCAUCACCAGGAUUGCAGGGUUUUAAAUAUAACCUAUCACAAUCUUGGGCAGUAAUCCAAGGAAAGAAGCUGCUUUGAUCAGUGCAAAUUGCCUAUUGUUGACUGAAUGUCAGUACAAGACAGAAAAAUACAGCAAUUUACACUGUGCUCUAGAAUUUAUGAAUUAACUUAAUACUAGUGGUAUUCUAGUUCAUUUCAACAGGCAUGCUCAGGCAGUGGCAUCUUGUGGGUUGUCAUGUGGAAGACUUCAUUAGCUAUAAAUCAGGUUAGCUACUUUUGUUCCUAAGGACACAAUUAUUUUGUUACAGCUAACACUAUUAGUACAGCUAACUUGUCAUAUAUUAUAAUGUACUGUAUAUUAUCACAACCGUUACAUGGUCCCGUUUUUAGCUCCUAGGAUCGUGGAGGCACACAAACCCCUCCACCAUGAUAACCAUUGUUUUAUUUAAUCAAACGAACUACAUUUAGGUUGACAUGUUGUAGUGUCCAAUUGAUUGAAAUUGUAUGUAGUGUGAUAAUUGUGUAUGAAACAAUAGGGACACAAUCUCGCAACUUGGGUAACAUCAGACAAACAAAACUUAGGGAUCCGCCUAUGAUAAUUAUUCAUAAUAAAGUUUGAGGGGCAUGUAAAUUACGGGAAUUUACCAGGAUUAUUUAUUAUUAUUAUUUAUUGAUGAUUACAAUAAAACAGGAGAGCACCAGUAGAUGGCCGUAUGGGGAAAACGGGAGUGUUGUCAGGUAUGCAGGCAUCUUGUAAUUAUGAGAUCCUUUUUAUUCUUUCUUAUGGCACUCUUAAGGCUCCAUAUCAUACAGACAAAACCGAUCAGACAAAUUAACAGCUUGUUCUAUGUCUUCUUACUAUCAGUCCGCACGUAACUGAGGUCAAUUCAGUGUGCAUGCAGAUCAUGUGAAUAACAUAUGAACCUGAUAAGUGAAGUAGUCCUAUGUCUCACAAAGUAAUUUUAUCGUAUGUAUCAAUCAUUUUGUUAUGUUUAAUUAUGAAAAUGUGAUAAACAGUGCUUGUUCAAUAUGAAUAUCACGUUUCUUUGUUUUAAAAUGAUAUUGUUCUUACAUGAUUUAGUAACAUUUUGUGGCUCAUGGCACUAAAAACUUUGGAGAGGAGUCUAAAUUGAUGCUUGCUUAUGCCUUGUUGUCUUUGUCUGAAAUCUGAAAGUGUCUCUCUUCAUUUUCCAACAGGCAAAAUGGACAGUCUGGUUCACUACAUUAAUCCAGUGCAUAUCUCCUCCUUAUUAAGUGUGCUCAAUGAACAGCGAUUGAAUGGUCGGCUCUGUGAUGUAAUAAUAAUUGUGGGUGACCACAAAUUUCAGGCUCACAGGAGUGUUCUUGCUGCAAGCAGUGAGUACUUUCAGACCAUCUUUAACAGUGGAAACACUCAAGGACAGUCAGUUGUCCAGCUUGAUUUUUGUGACCCAGAAGUCUUUGAGAAUGUGUUAAAUUACAUCUAUUCCUCUUCACUGUUUGUGAACAAAGGAUAUCUGGCUGCCGUUCAAGAGAUGGGCUGUAGUUUGGGAAUCCAAUUCUUGAAUAAUAUAAUGGAAAAGAAGCCUCAGGUUUCUUACAUUGUGUCUAAGAAGAAGAUGUUUUCCGAGGGCAAUGAGGGUAGCUUUACUUCAAGGAAUGUCAUUGUUGGCCAGAAUCAUAGUGAUAAUCCUGUAAAUAGUUUUUCUCAUAUUGAGGCUAUACAUCUACAUGGGAAAACUCCAUCAGAACACGCAAUAAGAAAGCAGACUGUUCUACCUAUUAAAGAAUCCACACAGCUAUCUGUAACCUCUUCUGUAUCUUUAAUUGAUUUGCAAAUACAGCAUAGACAGUUACCCUCAGAUACUAUAAGCCUGAGUGACAAUCCACAGCUGACUGACUGCAAAGAAGCAAAUCCAGGCAAGAGAAAUCAAAAGUUUAGACAGACUGACAGAGUGGGUUUUCUUUUCAAAACUCCUUUGGCCAAAUCAUUAUCGAUAGAUAAUCCCGUAUGUACUACUCUGUUUCAUCUUGAUAAAAGAAAGAAAAUAGAAUCACCAGAGAAAUCCCCUAAUAUAGAAGCAAGCGAUCAACUGGGAGAUCUUUCUGAUGUAAUACAAGUCACUGUUGGGGAUGAUUUGCCUGUUGAUGUUAGAAACUUAACAGUGAGCUUUGAUGAGCUGAAUGAGGAAGACGAACAAAGAAAGGCAAGGUUAUGCAGUGAAAGUAGCUCAUUAAAAAAACCAAACGGUGUUAAUGAACACAGCUUUUCAUCAGAAGGCACUAGGCCUAGCAUCACAGCCGAUAAGGCAAACAAUGACAUGCAGAAGGAGCUAAAACAGAACAGAAUUUUCAAAUGUCGGAAUUGUUUAAUGGUGUUCCGGUCCAGCACUGGACUAUGCCGACACAUAAACAUGUUUCACAACCCAGAAAAGCUGUAUGCGUGUCACAUCUGUAAUAAACGAUUUCACACCAACUUCAAAGUAUGGACACAUUGCCAGACGCAGCAUGGAAUAUUGCAAGAUCCAGCUCCUACUACUAGCUUCUACACAGGCAUGGAUGACAGAUUGUACAGGAAGUCUGCUGGUUUGGUGCAAGAAAGAGAAUUAAAGAAAAGGCCAUGGGGCCUUAAGUCUGGAAGCCUACAGUCUCAAAUAAAUCAUAAAUAUCAUCUUAGGUCAAGGUCUAUAAUCAACACCUGCCCUCAGUGUGGAAAUACAUACAGGUUAUUGUCUCAGUUCAAACGACAUUUAAUGUUGCACCAUUGUGUGAAAUCUGAAAUCCUGAAUGAUGUGAAGGAAGCGUUACCCCAGACAGAUGACCAUGAGCUUCAUUCUCAGAAGGACGAAAACCAAGAUGUGAGUUCUUGUAGUGUCUGCAGUGAGAAAUUCUGCGCUAAGUAUGAGCAGGGAGAGCAUGAACAAAGAUGUCAAGCAGCAACGGGUCCACAUUGUGGCCCUUUUGACUCCUUCAAAAAGAAGCCAACUGAGAUCCACUGUGAGUACAAGAACUUGUCCUGCCACAAAUGUAAGCGAACUUUCCAGUCCACCUUCAGCUUAUGGCAGCACCAAGUAGAGGUUCACAGUCAACCAGAAACCAGAAAGGAGCCAGUGUCUGUUUAUCAUCAGGAUCACAACAAUGACGCAGCCAGUGGCAUGAAAGCUUGUGGUUCUGGAGAAAAUGCUGACCUUGAUUCUUUUAAGCCAGUGAUAUUUCAUCCUGAGAGCAGUUCCAUCCCAAAAACUGAGAGUUUGCUCUCACUCCAGGAAGAAAUAAAGGUGGAGGAGGAGCCAUCUAAGGAAAACAUUGAUAACAGCUGCAGCCAUGGACCGAAGACCCUUGAGCUAGAAGAGUCUAGCCAGUGGUCAUGUGAAAAAUGCGGCAGGCAUUUCAGUGGCUGUAAGCAACUGGAGCGCCACCAAGAGCUGCUGUGCUACAUCAAACCUUUCAAUUGUCAUAUAUGCCAGAAAUCUUUCAGAACCAAUUUCCGUCUCUGGAGUCACAUUCAGUCGCACACACCCAAUUCUGAGUCAGCAUCCAAAAAGAGAAGAAAAGAUUUUUCCUCCAAUUCCCCAUCUCUGCCCCUCCCAUCAGAAAUUACAGAAAGUGUGUCUGUUGCUAUGGGCAGGAAGACGGAGGAAAAUGCAGCAGGUGAACUCCUACACAGUGGCAUCUUGUGUGACACUCUGAGCCCUUCUAAGCAGUCCGAUCAAGUGAGCAACCAUGCUCCAGCACCCUCAUCCUCUAAGAGGCACCACAUUUGUAAACUCUGCCGUCGCAAUUUCAAGACUGCUUUUAGUCUUUGGAGCCAUGAGCAAAGUCAUUCCAAUCAUUGAAUGUAGUGCAUAGCUUUUUGAUGCAUCCUGGGUAUUCCAACUGACUACCAAAUGUUUUAUUUAAAUUUUUUUCUCAGUGAUGUUGAAUACAGUAAAACAUUUUGGACUUCAGUGUUGUCAGUGAGAAGAAAACCGUUCUCAUUUUGUAGUGCUUGUUUUCAACCUUAUUUUUGGACUCAGUGACUAAAGUAAACUGUCAUGGGUGUUUCUUAUUUACAUUGUGUCUAGUAUUUGAAUUUUGAGAUUUAAUGUAAAACAGAUUUACCAUGAAACUGUCCACACUGAUUUAAUCCAGUUGUUCAAUGAGUUGUUCACAAAAAUGUUCAUAAUUUAUGGUACAGUAGAGCCCUUUCUGAAGUGUGAAUAUGCAAUUACUGCAAUUUGAUAUUUAAAGCAUUAAAAAUGUCCACUGCUUUUGCACUUGUUUCCCUUAAAUAAUUCAUUCACUAAUGUAACAUUAUUUUCUGAAAUGCAGUUAAAGUGGUAUUUGAUGUUUUUGUUGUUUGUGCCUCAUUUAUUAAUUACGGAAAAUAAAGUGCUUUGGACUGAAA